AUGAAAAAUGGAAAGAAAAAGAAUAAUCAGCAACAAACUAACGAAACAGAGCGAAUAUUAGCAUCAGAUGUCGAACCAGACGAACGUGGAAUGUGCGAAUUUUAUAUUAAUAUCAAUGAUAAACCUCGUGUUAAAAUUUUAAUUCCGUUUCGUUGCAAAGUUAGAGAUAUUUUCGAUUUAUUCGAUCCAAAAGAUGAGAUAAGUUGGGUUACGCAUAGUAUUGUAGUCAAUGAUACUACAUUAUGGUACGAUAAUUAUCUUUAUCUAUACGAAAAUAUACUCACAAAAGAUAUUGCCGCCAAGAUCGAAGAAGAUAAGGGCGAGACUCUUUUUGAGAUUAUUAGUUUCUUUUUUGGAAAAUAUUUCACUUAUUACUAUAAAAAAUUUCGUGCAAAGUUUCAAAAAAAAGAACAAGAACCAGAAGAAAUCGAUUCAGAAAGCUAA